UUUUCCCAAAACCUGUCCGUUCGUGCUGGCGUUCAGUCGUUUCGUGCAAGAGUUGUCCCAGUUUUUUUUUCGUGAAAAGUUUUGUGAGAAUAUUGAGGAAACGGGAACCUGCCAUGGCCUAUUCCGACACGGACGAAUCGUCCGUCGGAAUUAGCUCCCGGUCGGGCAGCUGGCAGAUCGAUUCCGGCUCGUCGGAUUACGAGGGGGGCGUAGCGCCCAAGGUUCCGGCUGUCGUUGGGGAGCGUAGGCGUAACCCCCGCCGGAGGGCAGCAAAGGAGGCCGGCAGCUUUCGUGCACCUUCCGAGCUGCGCUCGGAUGAUUCGCUGAAGGUUGGGAAGAAAAAGAAGAAGAAGGGCGUAGCGCCAGUUCCGAAGGUCAUUCUGCCAGCCGUGGAGCGAAAGCGCAACACUCGCAAGAAGCCACAGGUUGCUGCGAUUGAGCGAUCUAGUGAGGUCAGUGGGGAGGAAGAGGAGGAGGAGGAGGGUGAAGAUUCGGUUGCCCAGAUGCGGGCCAUGUUGCGACUUCCGACGGUGCUGAUCCAGGUGCGCAAGUACGGUAUGGAUAUCGUGGACAUUUGCGACCAGAUGGAAAACUUGUUGCUUGAUGAGGGAAAUAACGACGAGAUGAGUCGGCUUAAGCAGAGACUCAACAAGUUGAGCGAGAAGUGCUACCAAAAGGUGCGAGCUGAGUUUGACUGCGAAAAUUUUAAGGAACCCAAGCCGAGACUGUCCCGUCGAGACAAACACAAGCCAAAACCGGUCAUCGAGUCGGACGAUGACUCCCCGAUGCGUCUCCGGCGUAUGGCUCGAUCCGACAGUGUUGAUUACACGUCGCCGGACAGAACUGGCGAUUCGACGCAGCAACAGCCGGACGACUCACACCAUCCGGAUGAAUCUGCCAAAGACAGUGGCAAUCCGUCCUCUGGUCAGGAUGAAUCGCCGACGAAGAAUGACACGGACGUUGAACCCGAAGCCCCGUCUGUUGACGAGCCCGAAGACAUGGAGCCGAUUCGUGACUGCCCACCGGAAAACAGCUACGAAACUGGCAUCAUGGACAUUACGGACGGCGAUCCGGAUUGCAAUCUGUUCUUCGACACGGAGCUGAUGGCCGAAGUUUGUCCACCGCCAACCGACAGUAUGAUCAACGAGACACCUUCAAUAAAUGAUGACAUUUUCCGCGGACUGCAAAAUGAUCACGACGCGUACACGACACCGAUUCACCGGGAGAUUGUACCGCCUGCGGAACCGGCUCGACCGGCGUCACCCAAAAAGCGGGUUACCCAGGAGUGCAACACCACGGACACGCCAACCACCAGCAUCGGUUCGCGAUCUUCGGUCGAUUCUCAUCGUAGACGGGUUCUCCCGGCGACCGAGACUCCGGUGGUUCAGCAAUCGCUCGAGCGGUACUUUACCAAGAAACCUGUUGAGCCAGUUGAGCAACCUUCCUUGGCAGGCAACGUAGACGCGGAUGAUGAAGUCCUGUUUGUCAGUGCCACGGCAGGACGUCGUCAGAAAGCUGGUGACGUUCAGAUCAAAUCGGAACCAGAGCCAAAGCCGGACAUCUUUGUAACUCCUGAAUAUGUACCCAAGCCGGUUACGGUUGUAAGUACACAAUAUCAACCCAAGUAUGUCGCCACACCAACCGGCCAAUAUGAACCCGAGCCGGUCGUCCCAGAAUAUGUGCCCGAGCCGGUCGUUGUUGUAACGUCACGUGCACAGUAUCGUCCCAAGUCGGUCGCCAUUCCAACUCCCGAAUAUGAACCCGAACCUGGACCGUCAAAAGCUCCAGCGAAGCAGUGGAUGGUGCAAAAACUGGAGGCCAAGGGACCCAAGUUUAUCACCAACUCCGAUCCCAACCCAAACCGCGAACCUACGGUUGAAGAGCUCCAGUACAUCGUGCCACAUCAGCCCAAGUUCAGCGUGCCGCCGGCGCCUACAGGAGAAAAUCCCGACCUGGAGCUAAUGAAGAACGAAAUCGAUUGUCGUACGCGCAUCCCAGAUCUCUCCUGGAUCGCCCAGAAAGCCAUCCGUGAGGAGAGUCAACGCGCCAAGCGGGUCGAGCGGAACAACGAAAAGCUGCAACAGCAGCUGCAGCAUUACCAGACCACAAUGCCGGAGAAUCAGCUGAUUCUGGAUUACGACAACGACAGCAAGACCUUCAUCCGGGUGCACCCGGAACUGGUGAAGACAAUGAAACCCCACCAGCGCGAGGGCGUCAAGUUCAUGUACGACUGCUGUUACGGCGGGGUUUCGGACGUCAAAAACUCCAACGGAUCCGGCUGCAUUCUGGCGCACUGCAUGGGCCUCGGCAAGACGCUGCAGGUGAUUGCCCUUAUGAACACGGUCGUGUGCUACCCGAAGAUGAAAACCAAGCGAAUCAUCGUGAUCUGUCCGAAGAGCACCGUCAUGAAUUGGGCCCAGGAGAUUCAGCACUGGCUGGGCGACAUCCAGAGUGGGGUGAAGCUGAAGGUGUUCUACCUGCCGGAUAGCUCCAACAUCAUAAAGAAGUUGGAGGUUCUCCGCGGCUUCCACUCCAUAUCUGGUCGCAUGGCCAGCGUGCUGCUGAUCGGCUAUGAAGCGUUCCGUUCGUUGGUGUUCUACGACGCCAGCAACCGUAAGGGCGAGAAACAUUCCGAGGGUGUACGCGCUGAGGUCCGGCGCGUCCUCAUCAAUCCGGGAGCCGAUCUCGUGAUUCUGGACGAGGGUCACAUCAUCAAGAACCGCAAGUCGCAGACGAACCUGUCGGUGGCGGAGAUUGCCACCAAGCGUCGCAUCAUCCUGACGGGAACUCCCAUCCAGAACAACCUGAACGAGUACUACUGCAUGGUGAACUUCGUGAAGCCGGCCUACCUCGGAAGCGAGAAGGAGUUCAACGAACACUACGCGACUCCGAUCAAGCAGGGACAACACGCGGACUCUGCCGUGGCGGACGUCAAAUACAUGAAGUAUCGAUCGUACGUUCUGCACAAAAACCUGGUCAACUUUGUCCAGCGCAAAGAGUUUGAUGUGCUGCGCGGCUUUCUACCCGAGAAGUACGAGUACGUGUUGUACGUACCGCUCACCCCAGUUCAAGAAGAUCUGUACGAGCAGUACCUGAAGCGGAAUCCGCUGCGGCAGGAAACGGGAGGCGCACAUUUGCUGGAGGAUUACACCUUCAUGCGCAAGAUUUGGACGCACCCGAUCGUGCUCGAGCGGGCUUGGGAAACGGCAAUGAAGAAAAAGUACGGAGUUCAAGAGCGUCGCCGGGCAACUCGUCGAGCGCACGGCUUCGACAGCAGCUCGGAUGAUGACGAUGACGACGACAAAGACCGAACUCGCGCCAUCACAAACAUCUGGUGGAAGCAGAUCAUCAGCGCCGACGAUCUGGAAUCGCUCUUCCCGAGCAACAAGAUGAUUCUGCUGUUUGAAAUCCUGCGGCUGUGCCAGGAACGCGGCGAAAAGUGUCUGAUCUUCUCCGGCUACGUAAUGGUGCUGAACAUGGUCGAGCACUUUAUGAAGAUGAUCGACGAGCAGGGCACGAAUCCGAAGGCGGCCCUGUACGGGUUCAACAAGUUCCGCGGCCCGUGGCGUCCGGGCAUGGACUUUUACCGCAUCGACGGCGGAACGUCCAAGUCAACGCGGCACGAAAUGAUCACCAAGUUCAACGAUCCGAAGAACCUCGUGACGCGCGUCUUUCUCAUUUCGACCAAGGCCGGCGGCCAGGGCAUUAACCUGGUGGGAGCGAAUCGGGUCAUCAUCCUGGAUACUUCGUGGAACCCGGCCGUAGAUCAGCAGGGCAUCUUCCGAAUCUACCGACUGGGACAGAAGAAACCGUGCUACAUCUACCGACUGUUGGCGAUGCACACCAUGGAGGAGAAGGUGUACUCGCGGGCCGUUACGAAACAAGCGAUGAGUCACCGGGUGGCGGACAAGAAGCAGGUCGACCGCAACUACAGCAUGGCCGACCUUGAGGAGUUGUACCAUUUUGAGCGCGUCGACAUGGCGGCCCGGCCGAACGCCGCCCCCGCCGAGGACGAGCUGCUGUCCAAUUUGCUGUGGAGCAAGCACAAGCUCAUCUUCAGAUACCACACGCACGAGACGAUGCUGGACAACAAAACGGAACAGGAUCUGACCGAGGCGGAAAAGAAGGUCGCCUGGGCCCAGUUCAAGUCGAAGCAUCACACGACGGAUGGCGUCGCGGGACUUGGGCUGGGCAUUCUGGGUGGUGGACUGGGUCCAACCGACUCGCAGCUGUCCGACCCGGACUUGGACUCGCAGGUGUUGACCGAGCUGGACCUGGCAUGCGCUCCAAACUACGACGACAACGACGUCAAGCCGGAACAGCAGGCACCGCUACCGCCGUUGGCUCUGCCGGUGAGACAAAUGGCUCCGCCGACGCCAAACAACAAAGCGACCAUUUUUGGCGAUGAUCCUUACAACACGAGCUACGGCGGUGGGUUGAGCAUCAUCGAGGAGCAGAGGCAACGGUUGAGUUUGAAGCCCGAACUGGGGGUGAAGCGCACGGCCUCUCAAGUUACGGUCAGUGCCGCCGAGGUGGAACUGUUGCGCGAGCUUGAAGAAUGCGCUGUCCCGCAAAAAGUUAAGGGAGAGGAUGAUCAUUACGAGCCACCAGCCAAAAAGAAGGUUGCCGCGCGGGAUGUACCAGUGAUGGACACGAUCGACCUGUUGAACUUGUCCUACGAGGGCGACUCGGAGGAACCGCUUGAGGAGAGUCGCGAAGAGCAGUCGACAGAGCUGGAGGUGUCGAUUCCACCGUCGGUUCCAGUUUUGAAGAGUGACAGCGGUUUGUCCAUGAUCGAGUAUGAUCCGGUGGGAAGCACGCAGGAGUUGGCGAGCUACGCUGAAACCACCACGACCACAAUGAACUCCACCUCGGGCACGGCCGACCAGAUCGUUCCACCGCCGCCGGUCAGCUACGAAAAGUUCAAGGCCAGCCUGGUCGAGGAUCCGUCCGUGACGACGAGCACAACGACGGCGUCACCAUCCGCGGUCGUCGUGGUGGCCACUUGCAGUUCUCCCGCGGCCGUGCCCGCUCCCCGCGUGAUUAUGACGCGCAGUAUGAAACGAGCGGCCGUGCCGUUGAAAGCGGGAGAUGUUCCCGCGAUCAAGGCUGCGAAGAAGGUGGGUGUCGCAAGAUCAAAUAAUGAAAAAGCUCUCUCUCUCUCUUUCUGCUCUUGUCGAAUAGUUGUUUAUUUAUUGCUCUUUUUUGUAAAUAGUUGUUCGCUUAGAAUUAGUUUUUCUUUUGUUUUCUCGGAAGUUGUGCAGAUUAACGGCGUCUGCUUACUCUCUCUGCAGAUUCGUGGCAUCGACGAUGGUGGAAGCGUGUCGAGUGUCAGCUGUGAAGAAAAUCGAUGUCGAGCGCUGGUUCCCUUCACCGGUCCUCGCUUCGCGAUGAAUCCCGCGUUGAAGGCCUUGCUGGCGUGUGCCCUUACCCGUGCUGACCUAGACAAUCCGUGCCGAGCGCUGGUUCCGUACGUACCGAGGGUGUCCCUGUUGGAGGUCAUCCUCGCCGCUGCCGUCUCGGAGCAACUUUCCUCCACGGAAAGCGAUUCCGAAGACGAUAGUAGCAGCAGCAGCGAAACUGCGAGCACCUCGGACUCGUACCCGAUGGGACUGCUAACUCAGACGUCGACGCUGUCCUGGACGGCGGCCGACCUGGCCUCGCUGGAUGAGCACAUUAGCGAGUACUACUCGGCGCUGUCGGAUCUGGAAGACGAAAUGGACUUUACCCAGCACACGCUGACCGAUUCCCAGCGCGCGGCCGACCAGCAGGCUCGCGACGAAAAAGAGCACGCCGAACUGAUGGAGAGUUUGCACGAGACGCGACAGGUCGUGACCGUGGACAUUCUGCAAGAGCGCUGCCGUGCCGUUGUUCCGUACAAUCCACCGGUUUCGCUGUGGACAGCCGAAGAGGGACAGGAGGAACACGAACCGAAAGCCGUCGUGUUUCACGCCAGCUUGACCGAAGCGCUGACCAACAGCAACAGCUGCGCUCGCGGCUUGAAGCGAAAGCGCGAGAAGGAGCUUCCAGUUUCUGUAGAUAAUGUUGUUUGGAAGAAGCCUCGAACGAGCAAGGUCUAUCGCGCCAAACGGCGAUCCAUCGCCGCAGCGGUCAUCCCGAUUCCGACCGCAAUCGAAUUUCCUGUCGCAGAACCUGAACCUGUAACUGCCAACACAACGCUUUCCUGGGGAGACGAGGAGGUGGACUUUGUGGAUUGGAACAUCUCCUGCGGAGAAAUCGAAGAACGUGAAAAAGAGCGUCGACUGGCGGAGCCAGCAGAACCUUCCGCGCUCCUUCCGUACCAACCUGCGCCAUCGAAGAAGGUGCAGCAGCCACGCCUGGUCGUCAUGUACGGUCCAAUCCGAUCGUUUUGGGAUCCAAAACUGCUCUCGAGCCCGCUGCUCCCGCUCGUGAACGAACGCAAGGGUCAAAUCUUGAAGGCUCAACACAACAAGCUGUUCCGAUUCACCCCCUACGACAAGCGCGAUCGCAAGUGGCGCAAAGUCGAGCAGGUCGUCACCGUCGAGGAAGAAAACACCUGCCGCUCGGUGGUGCUCUACACUGGAAGCUGCCCUCAAUUGCCGCAAGAAGUUACGGUUCGCUACCUGCUGCACCCGCUUCUUGUGGGCUAUCUGUCCUUUUGCCGUUACGCGACGCAGCAUUCGACGAUGCGUGAGACGAUCAACCGAGGAACGAAGCGAAAGGUCGACUGGCAGAGUGGAGGCGGCAGCAGCAUGAAACGGUCACGCGCGGUCAACAGUGCGCCGUAAUUUUCGCACAUCGAAUGCGAAACUGGAUUUCGUUUCCGAGACUUGAGAAAGAAAAACUUGUUUUGUUUUUGUUUAGUGCUUAGUGCAUUAAUAUUUUUUUUCGUUUUUAUUAUUAACCUCUUGAUGUAACGUGGUAACAGUAAUACUAACAUCUACCAUCUUGAUUUAUCUCAUCACUAAAUGCUAUUCUUUGUUUUAUACUGUUCGACAAGUAGUUGAAGAAAAUGUAGCGUGUGUUUGUUAAAUAAAAGCCGUUUUUUUCUCGA